AUGGCGGGCACCAAGUUUGCCUACGUGCGCAAUUUUGAGCUGCCCGACGCCGUACUCCCCUCGACCUACAUGGUGGUCCGCAUCGACGGCAAGGGCUUCCACAAGUUCUCAAAGGCGCACGCGUUCGCCAAGCCAAACGAUCCGCUCGCGCUCGAGCUCAUGAACGAGGCGGCGCGCCACGUCAUGGCACAGCUAAAGGGGCAGGUGACGAUGGCAUUUGGCGAGAGCGACGAGUACAGCUUCCUGCUGCGCCGCGACGCCACCCUCUACUCUCGCAGGACCAGCAAGAUCACGACGCACAUCGUCUCGCUCUUCACAUCAGCCUACGUCUUUUCCUGGUCGCGCUUCUUCCCCACCACGCCGCUCCAGUACCCGCCCACCUUUGACGGCCGCCUCGUCGUCUACCCUUCGACCGAGAUCGUGCGCGACUACUUCAAAUGGCGCCAGGCGGAUACGCACAUCAACAACCUGUACAACACCACCUUCUGGGCCCUCGUCCUGCAGGGUGGGCAGACCGAGUCCGAGGCGACCGAGACGCUGCGCGGCACCUUUAGCAGGGACAAGCACGAGAUCCUCUGGCGCUUCGGCAUCAACUACGAUCGGCUCGAGGCCAUGUUCCGAAAGGGCACUACACUCGUUUGGUACCGGUCUGUCGUCGAGGGGAGUCGUACGUCGACGUCGUCGGCGUCGGCCGGGACGAAGGCGGAUGCCAUCGAGGGGAGUCGUACGUCGACGUCGACGACGGGGUCCGGGACCGGGACCGAAGCGGAUGCCAUCGAGGAGACGUCUUCAUCAACGGCGCGGCAAGGCGUCGGACAGGUGGAUGCGCAGCGCGAGACGCUCGAGGACGAGGCGGCACGCGAGGGCAUCACGCCGGCGCACGCGGCCAAGCGGCGGGCCAAGGCGGAAAAGCAACGGCGCAAACGCCUCGAAUCGGCACACGACCUCGAACUCGUCACGCUCCACUGCGACAUCAUCGGAGACGCCUUUUGGUCCAUCUCCGCCCCCGCCCCCGCCGAGGUCGACGAGCCGGUAGAGACGGGCUCAGGCACAGCAACAGGGACGAAGACAGGGUCGGAUGCAUCCACCACCGUCGUCGUCGAUGAUGUGCAGCGGCGGCUCAAUCUCCAAGAGGAGCCCGAUGGCGCGACGAGGGAACCGUGGCGCCACCCCAGCAGGACGAGAUGUAGCGGUAUGGGAUCGUUUGUCUUCUUGCCCUGA